AUGAACAACGACAACAUUUCCAUCCGACAUCACAGGAAAGCCAGUGUCAAACCUCAUAGAGCCUUCACGGUUAAUUUUUUCGGCAACAAGAUCCGAACCAUUGUCACCACCAACUUUGCUGUUGUGAAGAAAUGGGUCUACAAAAUCCGCUACUUUUACCGUGCCCGGCGCGACCAACUCGUCAUCGGCCUCGGCGUUCAGUGGCCCGUAAAUGACCCAUCACAAUCGUAUACAUUGCAGCUCUGCGUCGGUCGACACUGUUUAGUCCUCCAUCUCUUCUACACCCGGUAUGUCCCUCGUAUCUUCCAUCGGUUCCUCGCCGACGGUCGAAAUACUUUUGUUGGCAUCUGGAACUACAAUGAUGAAAUCAAGCUGAGGAAGUCGCAGCAAAAGUUGUUAGUUUCUCGUCUUGUGGACGUUCGGUGUGUUGCAGCAGCGAGAAUGGAUAUGAGUUUGCAAGCUUCCAUGGAGACCUUGGCGGAAGCAAUUCUUGGCAGAGAGGGCGUCAAUAAGCAUAUAGAAAUUGCAACGAGUGAUUGGGGUCGUGGCUUUCUUUCUAAAGAACAGGUCCUCUAUGCUUGUCUUGAUGCAUUCGCUUCAUCAGAAAUUGGAAAGAAACUCGAAGCUUGGGACUGGACUGAUUGA